ACCGACUGUUCAGUGCGCCAUCACGCCACAACGCGGACGGACGUCUACAGCGAUUCAACUGUGAAGUUGUACAGAAACUUUUAGAGUCAAUUUACAACGAAUACGUUGAUAUUUUGCUACUUUGUAAUACCGUACUAAACGGCGGCAUAUAGGCCUGUUUUUAAAGUGUAACGUUAAUAUAUGUACAGCCACCUAGCGUGUUAGCAAAGGAUUUACAAAACACUAAACGAAAACUGGGUUGUUUCCAGAAUCGCAAGAAAACAAUUUGUGAUUUCUUAACGCCCGCAGUGGUACCGGGGUAUUUCGUUGAUUUACUGCCGAAGCACUGCUGCAGAAACGAGGCUCAGCUGUGGCCGUCUGACCGUAGACCAGGCCCGGAUUUCCGAGGGACCUUUAACUCAACGAUGGCUGCGACCGCCCUGUACCUGGACAUCCGCGUUCCUUGACGACCUCUGGUCCGCUCCAUCCCCGACUCGAGCGCUCGUAACCCGGCAACGCCUUUUCCCCCCCAUCCUGCGGCAGAACUUCCCGUGUUUAAUCGGAGACGCGCUCGCGGCCUCUCUGUAGUUUUUCCAGCCCUGUGCGAGGCGCGGAGAUGCCCAUCCUGAAGCAGCUGGUGUCGGGCUCGUCCCAGGCCAAGCGGCGGUCGCGGGCCGACCUGACGGCGGAGAUGAUCAGCGCCCCGCUGGGGGACUUCCGGCACACCAUGCACGUGGGCCGGGGCGGGGACGCCUUCGGGGACACCUCGUUCCUCAGCAGCCGGUCGGGCGAGCCCCCGAGGAGCCCCGAGCAGCCGCCCCCCGCCGCCGCCUCCCCCGGGCCCAAGCCCAAGCCCGGCCUGCUCUCCAGAACCUUCCGCAGCAGCAAGCGCUCCCAGUCCGUCACCCGCGCCGACGGCAAGCGGGACGACCUGCUGGCCCCGCCCGCCGGCUCGGCGGCCUUCGUGAAGAACGCCGUGUCCCUCCCCCACCUCAACGACGAGGAGGACCUCCAGCGGGGCGUGGCCCGCGUGCCCAAGAGCCUCUCCUCCAGCCCGCUGAGGAAGGGCUGCGAGCCGGACCCCGGCAAACCCGCCAACGGGGCCACGGCGGGGGCCCUGGAGCUGGACGAGCGGGAUUUCGGGGAGCUGACGGACCUGCCCCCCUCCGCGGGGCCCCGGGGAGCCGGGAUGAAGCACGCGGAGUCCAUCAUGUCCUUCCACAUCGACCUGGGGCCCUCCAUGCUGGGGGACAUCCUCAGCGUCAUGGAGAAGAAGGGCUGGGAGGAGGACGACCUCGGCUUCGAGGAGGGCAAGAUCAGCGACGGCCGGGCCUCCCCGCCCCUCAGCCCCGCCGCCGAGGAGGAGGACGAUGAGGAGGAGGAGGAGGAGGAGGAGGAAGAGAGGCGCCCACACGCCCCCGCGCGGCCGCCCCGCGCCUCCAGCCUGGAGGACGGGCCCUACACCCCGGAGGUCCGGCCCCGGCGCCACGCCCACCAGCACCUGGACAGCUGCUCCGUGUCCAGCUCGGGGUCCGCCGCCCUGGAGGAGAAACCAUCCGGCCCGCCGCCGGGGGGGGACUCGGACAGCGCCACCUUCAGCUCCCCGCGGGGGGAGGACGACAAGGACUUCUCCUUCAUGGACGAGGAGGAGGACGAGAUCAGGGUGUAGCCGGCGGACGCGCUGACACACGCGCGCACGGUCACGGGACACGGCCGAGGAGGUUUCGGGGGGUAGUUUGGGACCUGUUAGAAAUGAUCUCCUCUGACCCCCUCUGAGAGCCUGAGGGAAGAAUCCUGUUUUCCUCCCAUUUAAGCCUCCCUAUGUAAACCCACAGUCCCACAAGUCUUAUUACCUGUAGAGUUACAGAAUACCACUGCAAGUCCCUGAGUAGAGUGGGACACACACACACACACACACGUACACACACACAAACACACACACACACACACACACACACACACACUCACACUCUCUCUCUCACACACUCACACACACACACACUCACACUCUCUCACACACACUCACACACUCUCACACACACACACACACACACACACACUCUCUCACACUCUCUCACACACACUCACACACUCUCUCACACUCACACUCUCUCACACACACUCUCUCACACACACUCACACACUCUCACACACACACACACACACACACACACACUCUCACACACACACACACACACACACACACACACUCUCUCACACACACACACACACACACACACACUCACUCACACACGGUGAUGCCACUGCAGUACUGUCGCUCCUGGGGCCCUGGCACGCCAGUCAGGUCACACCUAAUGCGCUCAGGCCCGGGACAGCCUCCGUUGCCAUGGAGACGGGACGGUUCUCACUGCCGUUUCUCUAACCCAGGAGGAUUUUGGGGAACUCACGAAGGCGUCUCUGUUAGCCGAGCAGGACGGCAACCUGUACCAUCUUUAAAUCCAUUUCUUUUUGUGCUAAGAAGUGUGCGCGCGUGUGUGUGUGUGUGUGUGUGUGUGUGUGUGUUUGAAUCUUACGCCAGUCCUAAGUGAAUGUGUGUUAGAGGGCUUCUUUGCUGGUCCAGUGGCAGUGUUUUUGGCACAACGCUGUAGUGAUGGACAGCCCCUGCCACCAACACAGAAAGCCUGAGGAGCAGUCCCCUCCCACAGCCCCCCCCCCCCCUACCCUGCAGGGUCCACCGUGUCAGCUGCAGAGGGGAGAGGGGCGCAGUGUACGGAGAACAAACCGAAUUUUCGGCCUUAGUAGCCUGCCACUUUUAGACAGGAAGUGUGCGUGUGUGUGUGUCGGUGAGGAGAGGGUUUGGCUACUCCGUACCACUCCUCUCCUCUUUUGAGAUUAAUACUUGCAAUAACAGAUAACUGUGGUUUGCCCAAUGCUGAUGUCUUUUUGUUGUGCUGAUUGUAUGUACAUAUUGUUACCUUGCCACUCGGUUCCCAGCAGUAAUGUGUUGGUAUCCCCCCCCGGUUUACCGUCUACCGUCGCUGCGAUCUGUCCGUCUUUAUGCUCCCAGCUGAUCACCUGACAGGAAAUAGAGACUCCAAGGAUGAACCCCCCAGAUGGAUUCUGGGAAUCUGAGUCUUUGUCUGUCAUGUAAGCCAGCCUUUGCCUACAAGGGAACCAGAACAAGGAAAUGAAAUGCUUGCUAACUGUACAUAUGCUUUUUAAAUUCAUUCUAUUUGGGGAUUCUCUCUCUCUCUCCGUCUCUCUCUGAGGUACUUAAGUUAAAUCCAGACCUGAGGUGUAAGAAACUGACUUUGAAUCCGUCUGUCUAACAGCUUCUAACACUGUGGCCUUUUGCGGUUUGACCAAACGAACCCCCCACAAGUCUAACCUCCGCACAAUGGACUCGGUGACACUGGCUGUGGUCUGUGAGGCUCCAGUGUUUUCAUAAUCCAACGCCCUAAAACACUAAGACUCUUACGCAGGUUUACCCAAACAUAAAAGUAUAUGCUGUUUUUUUGGGGGGGUUUUUUCUUCUUCCCCCCCCUCCCCAAUUUCUUUCUUUCCCCAACUUUUGAAAAACAAACUAGCUGUAAAAACAACACUGUGGCCUUUUACAUUCGGUGAAUGGUGGCGGUCCCGAACUCCAGGCGUCCGUGUUCAAAAUGGAGGCAACGGCCAGAGGACUCGGGGGUACAGUAUGUUGUGUGUCUUGAUGGAGUGUUGUGGUACGUGCACGUUUGCGGAGAGAGAGAGAGAGCAAUAAUUGAAGGCGGCUAGGGAUGUAGUCAGGAUGUUGAACGAUGUGACUCAGUGCCUCUUAAUAUUGCCCCCUUCCCUCUUAAGUGCCUAGAGCAAGGCUCACGGCAACCUGCUACAGCUCCAGGGCUCUUGCAUUGUAUUACCCACCGUCAGGGUGGAAGUGACAUCACACCCCUGCUGAUCGUGGGGACUUGUGUGUGUGUGACUUUGUCUGCAGUCCUGCCUCUGAGGGUUUUUUGGACCGCUUCUGAACUUCUUAUUUCCAAAGUUUAUUUCUACAGCCCUCGAUUAGGAAAGGGGUAUAAGGAGACGGCUAGGUUCCAGUUUUCUAGUGGAAAAUGUAAUUAGCCAGCCUAUAACAUUACGUGGCAUUUUUUAUAAGUGGGGAAGGGCUAUAAUGAGCCAGACUGGUUCCAGUUCUACAGCGGGGAAAGUUGUGAGUGGAAAUAUGAGCCAGUCUGGUUGGUCCCAGUCAUAGAAGAUCCCUGCUCUGGCCUUAACACAUUAACAGUCUGUGCUAGGAGUCCGCCUGCGUUGCACUGAUUCCGGCUUUUCUGUUACCUACAGCCUGUUCCCCACCCCCCGCUCCGAGCGGAAAUAACAUUACACAGGGAGGGUCGAGGAGGGAAUGUCAUCGUUUUCCAGGGAGUUUCCGGACCGUUCCUCAUUCCAGCGGUUCAUCCGGAGCUGGGGAGGAUUCCGCUAACGCUGUCCUCUCGUGCCAAUAAAGGCCCCCCCCCCCCCCACCCUCCACGGCUUUGCAAAAACAAAAGCUUCAACUGUUGCAGAAUGCUGUCAUUCCUCAUACACCUCACUCCAUUGUUGCCCCCCUACUCCAGCCCCAGGGCAUUGUGGGUCUCGACUUUAAGUACAAGCUGAUGAAUUUUAACAAGUUGGGAAAACUACAUGGCAAGUCUUGCUCGCCUGUUAACGGUCGAGCAGAGAGCAGGUUGUAACUAACCGCUGUCCGGAGUGGCGUGAGUUGAAGCAUGCUGGGACACGUUUGUCCUCCUCCAGGGGGGCCCAGGGAGCAGAUGGGAGAGGUGCUGGCUAUAAUUCGGUUUUGACCAAGAGUUACAGGAACGCCAGGAAAACGUGCCAAAUUUCAGAGCGUCCCGUUUUGGCUUCAGUCCUCGGAGCAAGGCGCGUUUUGAGUCUGGGGCCCGUGUCGAAGGCACGCUAACGCUAAUGCUAACGCUAACGUAAACAUUGAAAGUUGCCAGAACAAGAAGGCUGGGGGUUUGCCGUCCGUAGAUGUGUGGGCUGGUGUAUCCCCGGUGUGGAGAUUAAAAAGGUAAAUCCCUGUAAUUGCUCUUGAUUGUAGGAUGACGGGAGAGAGACUGUCGCUGUGGGCUACGUGUCUCACUGGGGCCUUGGCGGCUCAUUCAGUUUAGAAAAUGUUUUUUUUGUUUGUUUUUUUUUCCUCAUUCAGUCUCCGAAUGUUUCCAUUGUGAGUUCAUUGAAGCCUAAACCUCGUAAAAGGGGAACUAACACAAGCUUGCGGCAGCGCUGACCCGCCCUGUCACACGGACGGCGGUGUGUUGCGCGCUUGGUCAGGAUCGGACCGUGGAAACCGCUUCAGAUCGUGCCGUCUCUAGUCGCAGUGACGAAAACCUCCGCUCCGGGGCUGUCCUGCGUGUGGUACGUAGUGGCACUUCUGUAACGCUGUCCCAGACUCCUUCACAGUUAGCCGUCUGAGUGCCCGCAGGUCAGACCUUCUGAAACUACGGGGAAGAUUUUUUUUGAAUUGAGUUUCAGUUGUAGAUUUUUUUUUUUUUGUUUUUUUUUUUUGUUUUACUGAAUUUUCUUCUGUGAUGUUUCUCUCUCCUUCUGUAUAAAUACCUGUAUUUACCUUCUUUGCUUUCCUCUUCCAAAUAACAACUAUAUUUUUCAAUAAAAGAAAAAGCUGGUAAUCUUAA